AUGGCCGCUGAAGCCAAAUCGGCUCCUGCCACGGAGCAGAAGGUGAAGCCUACCAAGCCCAGUGAGGAGGCGUUCAAGGCCGACCUCGCGCAGGCUGAGAAGGAGCAUGCUGCGGUCCAGGAGAAGCUGAACCAAGUCAAGGCCAAGAUCGAGACCGCCAAGCCCAACAACAAGGACUCGCCCGCGGCCAAGAGACAGCAGGAACUCCGUGCUGAGCUCUCCUCCAUCCGUCAGAAGCAGUCGGGAUUCAAGGCGUCUAGGUCCAGCACUCAGGAGAAGAUCAAUGCCCUGGACAGCACGCUCAAGGCCCGCAUUGCGGAGCAGAACAACUCCAAGACUCGCAUGUCGUUCAAGAGCGUUGAGGAGAUUGAUCGCGAGAUCGCGCGCCUCGAGAAGCAGGUUGACUCUGGUACCAUGCGCUUGGUCGAUGAGAAGAAGAACCUUGCCGACAUCUCCAGCCUGCGCAAGCAGCGUAAGAACUUCGCCGGCCUGGACGAGGCCCAGAAGGUUAUCAACGACAUCAAGGCUCAGAUCGCCACCCUCAAGAAGACCCUUGACAACCCUGAGGCCAAGGCCCUGAGCGACAAGUACGCCGAGAUCCAGAAGGAGUUGGAUGCCAUCAAGGCCGAGCAGGAUGGCGCUUUCAAGAACCUCAACGCCCUGCGGGAUGAGCGCACCAAGCUCCACGGUGAGCAGCAGCAGAAGUGGACUGCUAUGCGUGAGAUCAAGGACACCUACUACAAGGCCCGCAAAGCCUACAAGGAGUACGAGGAUGAGGCCUGGAGAGUCCGCCGGGAGAAGCAGAAGGCCCAGCGGGACGCCUUCGAGCGCGAGAAGAAGAAGAAGGUUGCCGACAAGAAGCUCGAGGAGGCCUCUCGCCUGGCUUACACCGACGAGAUCCUUACCGCUCAGGGUCUUAUCCGCCACUUCAACCCCGCCUACGACUUCGCUGCUCUGGGCCUGGAUGACAAGAAGGACCAGUCCUCUCAGUUCCGUGCUGAGAUUGGCCGUACCAUCGAUGACUCCGGCAUGAAGGGCAUGAAGGUCCUGAAGAAGGAGGAGGACGACUACUUCGUCGGCACUGGUGGCAAGAAGGGUAAGAAGGGCAAGAAGAGCAACGCCAACGGCAGCCCCGCUCCCGCCGAGAAGUUCAACCUCAACGUUGGUAUCAUCGAGGAGUUCGCCCAGGUCAAGAUCGACCCCCCUAUGAACCAGACCGAUGUCCCCGCCGUUGUCGAGAAGCUGGCCGCUAAGAUCACCGAGUGGAAGAAGAACCAGGCUUCGAAGACCGAGGAGAACAUCAAGAAGGCCCAGGAGGAAAUUGCCCGCUUGGAGGAGGAGGCCGCUCAGGCGGACGACCGUGCGACUGACGCCGCCAAGAAGCCCGCUAUCAUCAACAGCGGUGUUAACGGCAAGGUCUCGGCCGAGGCCGAGCUGAAGCAGGAGAAGGACGCUGCCGCCGAUGUGUCUGACGAGCUGCAGAAGGCCUCCCUCGAGGAGACGGCCUAA